AUUUGAAGUGACCCUUUGUAGGUCGCUCAUGGCGCAAGGUUUCGUUGUUGUUGGUCUUGAUUCACGGCAUUGUGCUCUCAGUUAUCUGACUGUUUUCAUACAGCUGCUGUGUUAUUACUAAUAGUUGUCAAUCCUUUUCAGUAACAAGCGUAAGUCUACUUUGUGCCUGCUCAGUUGUCUGCUCACUUAAAACUCACUGUGCUUUCGUCUUCCGGAUUCUCUCACGCUACUGUUCACUCUUCCAGUGCAUAACAUACAACCACGGUAAACACGAAUCUGCCAAAGACCUAACUUUACAUCGGAUGGCUGAUGGAAUUCGCGAUUCACCUCCCGGCCAUUUAGACUUAUCGGUUAUUAAUAGAGGUCAGAAAAUUAUUGAUGAAUUAAAAAACUCAGACUUUCCUUCGAAAUACGCGUACGUUUUCAAAUUUCUCAUAUUUAACACCCCAGACUCUAUGCUGCUGUUCUAACUGGCUUUCGUUCAGUUCGUCUGGCAGCUGAAUGGUAAUUUAAGUCUUGUAAUUGUUUCAGGAUAUCAUCCCGCCUAAAUGAUCCACUUUUCGUCAAAGAUUUUGAAGUCGACUUUCAUGUACUUCUGAGUCUGGGAGGAAACUUUGAAUCGGACGUCUCGUCCUUUUUGUCAGCUGCGCGAGUCGCUUUGGGAUGGGACUAUGUUUGUGAUCAUCGGGCACAAAUCCCUUUGCUUCAUCUGAGAGUCAAACCCCAUGAUGCACUUUAUUUGAAAUCCGUUUUCGUGAAAUCGUUCGGUCUGUCGAUCCCUCUUCUAGUGACUGAUGAAAAGCCCCUGGAGUUCUUAGUGAACACGGACACCUCUGUUGUAUGCAAAUUUUCCGACUCCAAGAUAUAUACUCUACUUCAAAAGCUUUCAGAAACCUUUCUUGAAAACUUGAAAAAAGCUGACGUAAACGUCUGCGUGGUUUCUAAUCCAGGCAAAUUAAAUUAUCCUUUCACAUUAGUCAGUGGUAUUAAUAAUGCUGAGAAAAAUUCAAUUUUGAUUCAACUAAUUGAAAUGCAUUUAUCUAAUCAUUACAUUAUUAACGAAUUCGACCAAUCGGUUAAUAAUCAGUUAAAAUUCUGUUUAUACUCACAUGAUCCUCGUCUGCGGGAUCCAAGUUAUGAGGUAUUUGAAAUGUUAACAGAUGUAGAAUUCUAUCCAUUUUCCCCACUAAUCAGUUCACAUAUCACUAAUGAUUGUAAUAAAAGCGGUGAUCAGAAAUCUUCAACUUUUAUUGCUUGUGAUACUAAAUUGACAGAUAGUUCAAAUGACAAUCAGUCACAGUGUGAUGUAUCUUUGAAUCAAGUCCCUGCUUGUGUAAUCAAUUCUCCUGGAUGCCGAGAACGUUUUCUAGAACAUUACGUUGGUGACUACAUAUUAUUGUUUGAUUCAGUUUCUCUUACUGAACGACAAGGAUGUCCAGUAGGAAUUAAUUUGUGCACUGGUGAGUCUGGUUUGUUUAACAUAUCUGCUGGUAGACGUAUACCACAAAGUCAAACUUGGACAUUACAUUGUUCCGUCCCACUAAACUUUACUUCUUCAGCUAAAUCAUGCUUCAAACAACAUUGCCCAACUAGUACAAAUAAUGUAAAUUAUAGUGAAGAAUUUAAAAAGUUAACAAGUCAAAAUUCAAGUGUUAUUGCAAAAAAUACAAAUUCAACUUGCCUUGUCCUAUCACCAUGUCUUUCAAAUUCAUCGGAAUAUUCCUCUUCCUUUUUUUCAUCAUCAUCAUCUUCUUCUUCUAGUGAUCCUGUAAAGAGUAAAUCAAGUGUACAAACAUCCAUAACAACCGAUAAUAAUAAUAAUAAUAAUACAGACAAACACAUAUCUGAUAAUCGAUGUGAUUCAUACUUCACUAGUGGUGCAAAUUCAACUUGUCAAAAUGAAUUUCAAUUAUCAUUAAAUAAUGAUGAAUUAAAUGAAGCUAAUUCUAAAUAUACUAAUAAUUAUCAAUCAACAGUUAAACGUCAUACUCAUAAUAAAUCAAGACAAAUCUAUGUUAUGCGACAUGCUGAACGUGUAGAUAUUAGUUUUGGUCAUGGAUGGAUUACUCAAUGUUUCAAUCAUAAAGGAGUUUAUCGUAGAUUUAAUUUAAACCUCCCACCUUGGCUACCUACUCGGGCGGAUUGUCUUGAAUAUAUUUUAGAUUCACCGAUUACCCAAAUUGGUUUAUUUGUAUCAGCUGAAACAGGUCGCGCUUUGGCAGAUGCUGGAGUUUAUUUCACAGCGUGUUAUUGUUCUCCAGCGUUUCGAUGUGUUCAAACUGCUUGUGAAUUAUUAAGAGCUAUGGGUCGUUCGGAUUUAUCAAUUCGUAUAGAACCACAUUUAUUCGAAUGGUAUGGUUGGUAUGUUGGUGGUUGUAUACCAAAAAUGAUGACUGUACAUCAAUUGAAACAAGCUGGUUAUAAUGUAGAUACAAAUUAUACACCACUUAGCUCAUACAAUGAUAAUGAUAAAUAUGAAUCUAUUCAAGGUUAUUGUGAUCGUACUGCUGUGUUAAUUAAGCGUAUUUUAAAUGUUCAUAAGUCGAAAGAUACUUGUUUAUUAAUUGUAGCCCAUGCAUCAUCAUUAGAUACUUGUACACGUCAUUUAGUAUGUCAUAAAUUUAGAAAUAAUUUAUCAUCAGAUGAAUUUCAUCAUCGUACAUCAAUUGUACCAUAUUGUGGUUUAUUAUUAGCACAAGAAAAUCGUCGAUGGAAUUUAAUUAAUCCACCAAUACCAAAUUCAUGUUCAUAUACAAGAAAUAUUGAUUUUGAUUGGAAACAAUUACUUGGACCAUCAUUAUGCAAUUUUAAAUUAAGAUAAAUAAUAAUAAUAAUGAAUUUUUUUUCUGGUUAGCGUUUUUUUUUUAGCGAGUUAGUUUUCUACGGGAUGCGGCCGCUAACCCUCAUGCCCAACUCUCCUCUUUUAUCUGAGCAUGGGACUGGUAGUAGCCCCCGGAGGGACUCCAGGCGGAGUAAAUAAUAAUACUAAAAUGAAUUAUAGAAAAUAGAAUUUAAUUCUUUUAUUCAUUUAUAAAUCUGCAUUUAAUUCAAUUUCUUGUUAACUGCCAUUUUAUUUCAUGGUUUUACAUAUCGUUUUUUUCUUCUUUUUUUUUGUUUUCAAUUUGGAUACAGCUUCAUAUUUGUGUUGUUAUUUUCUUUCUUUAUUUUAUUGUUGUUUUUUGUUUUUGCCGUUGCAUUUAUUCAUUCUUUUUGGUGUAUCUUUUAUUUUUAUUUUUUCCAAUAUUUUCGAUUAUAUAGAUCUUAAUGAAUACCUUUGAAAUGAGAAUUAUACAUGAGUAACAUUUUGUGUAUACAAUUCACAUAUUAUUUGUUUAUUGGAUCUGUAUAAAUCUGAUUGUUUACUUUCAGAAUAUUAUUCAAUGACUUGACUUAUAGUUUACAAUAUAUAGUACAUUUGAUUAGAUGAAAUGUGUUUACAGUUAUAACUAUAUAAUUUAUAAUGUUUCUUUUGGUACUUGACAAAUCUAUUUAAAAAGAAAAAAAGAUAUCUAUUUAAUAAUUUAUAUUUAAAAUAACCGCU